AUAUAUCAGUAUUACUCUCAUCCACUCUACAACAAUGGAAGAGAAACUCAUUUCAGUUCUCUUCUUCUUCACCAUUUUUGUUGCAGCUCAUUCUCUUCAAUACCAAACACUUACCCUAAAUCCUCUCCCUCAACUUCAAUCUCUCUCAUGGGAACCACAACUAUCGUCCGACAACGAAAAUACUCUCUCUGUACAAUUACACCAUGUCGACUUACUUUCACCUUCAUCCUUCAACGCAACUCCACAUGCAUUGUUCAAACUCCGUCUCCAACGCGAUGCCAUUAGAGCGAAAUCCCUUUCCAUUCUUUCCGCUAAUUCCACCGGUAAGGAUUUCAGCAGCUCUGUUAUCUCCGGUCUAGCUCAGGGAAGUGGUGAGUAUUUUACUCGUAUUGGUAUCGGUACGCCGGUUAAGUACGUUUACUUAGUUCUCGAUACUGGUAGUGAUAUUGUUUGGAUCCAAUGUUUGCCUUGUUCGAAAUGUUACUCUCAAUCAGACCCGGUUUUUGACCCGAGUAAGUCUUCUUCCUUCUCUACGGUCACUUGUGAUUCUCCGUUGUGCCGCCGACUUGAUUCAUCCGGAUGUAACAAUCGGAACAAAUGCCUUUACCAAGUCUCAUACGGCGAUGGUUCGUUUACCGUCGGUGAAUACUCGACGGAAACUUUAAAUUUCAGAAAAACAAGUGUUAGCAAUAUUUCGUUUGGAUGCGGCCAUGAUAAUGAAGGUUUGUUUAUCGGAGCUGCCGGUUUAUUAGGGUUAGGAAAAGGGAAACUCUCGUUUCCGGGUCAAGCCGGUAGCCGGUUCGGUCAGAAAUUCUCAUACUGCCUUGUAGACCGGAUUGGUUCAGCUAAACCGUCUUAUAUCGUCUUCGGCGAAUCAGCCGUUACCCGAAAUACCAUUUUUACCCCUCUCCUCACCAAUCCAAAACUCGACACGUUUUACUACGUGGAGCUCACCGGGAUUAGCGUCGGAGGUACGAAGGUACCGGCGGUCACGCCGGAGUUGUUUAAACUUGAUGCUGAAGGUAACGGUGGAGUUAUAGUCGAUUCGGGUACUUCAGUAACCCGGUUGACCCGACCCGGUUAUAUAGCAGUGAGGGAUGCUUUCAGAUUGGGUGCUAAAGAUUUGAAGAGAGCACCGAAUUUCUCUUUGUUCGAUACAUGUUAUGAUCUGUCGGGGAAAACACGGGCGAAGGUACCGACGAUGGUUUUACACUUCGCCGGAGCUGACGUGGCAUUACCGGCGGCGAAUUAUAUGAUACCGGUGAACAGUGAAGGGAGAUACUGCUUUGGAUUUGCGGGUACAAAUGGCGGGUUGUCAAUAAUUGGGAAUAUCCAGCAACAGGGUUUUCGGGUCGUAUUUGAUCUUGCGGGUUCUCGAUUAGGGUUUGCUCCUCGUGGAUGUUCUUAUUAAUUAAAAAAAAGAUUAAGUUAAACAGUUUGUUUAGUAAUGACUAAUGAAUCUGCAGAGAUAAAAUUAGCACUUUUGCAGAAAAAGAGGAAAAGUUUCACAUGUUUUUGUUUUGCAUUAUGUGCUAAUCAUGCUGUCUUUUUGC